AGGCUAGUUUGUAUAUAUAUAGAUUAGAGAGCAGACAGAGAUUAGACAGCAGAUAGAAAUGUCCUAGCGUGCAGAAGGCUAGUUUGUAUGUAUAUAGAUAGCGUGCAGAAGGCUAAUUUGUAUGUAUAUAGAUUAGAGAGCAGACAGAGAUUAGACAGCAGAUGGAAAUGUCCUAGCGUGCAGAAGGCUAGUUUGUAUAUAUAUAUAUAGAUUAGAGAGCAGACGGGGAUUAGUACGAGCGUGCAGAAGGCUAGUUUGUAUAUAUAUAGAUUAGAGAGCAGACGGAGAUUAGAAAUGAAUAGCAGAGAAGGGAGAUGGUCUCUUCGUGGAAUGACAGCUCUUGUCACUGGUGGAACCAAAGGAAUUGGGUAUGCGAUAGUGGAGGAAUUGGCAGGGCUGGGUGCAAUUGUGCAUACUUGUUCCCGAAAUGAAGUUGACCUUAAUGACUGCCAGAGUCAGUGGAAGAAGAAGGGUUUCCAAGUUACUGGCUCAGUCUGUGAUGUGGUGUCUAAAACCCAAAGAGAAGAGCUUAUAAACAAGGUUUCAUCACUCUUUGAUGGCAAACUUAACAUUUUUAUAAACAAUGUGGGGACUGCCGUACCGAAGGCAACGCUAGAGUACACAGCUGAAGAUUACUCAUUCAUGAUGAGUACCAAUCUUGAAUCUGCUUACAACUUGUGCCAACUUACGCACCCUCUUCUCAAAGCUUCAGGAGUCGCUAACAUCGUUUUUGUGUCCUCUGUUGCUGGUGUGGUCUCAGCAAGUGUCGGUUCUAUAUAUUCUGCCACUAAAGGUGCAAUGAAUCAGUUAGCAAAAAACUUGGCAUGUGAGUGGGCGAAAGAUAACAUAAGGACCAAUAGUGUGGCACCUUGGUUCAUCAGGACUCCCCUCGUUGAACCUGAAAAUCGAAAUUGAAUUUAAGAUACAUUAGUGAAUUCUUUUAACGACUUGUAUUACAAUCAUUUCAUAACUUCAAGCCAAUCAAUAUUUCAUUGAUGAGUCUGCCAAAAGUAGAUAGUAAAAAUUAGAUUAAAAAGUUGGGGUUUGCCAAAAGUUCAUAUGUCUUUUGUUUAUUCAUGUAUAGGUUCAAUUUUAGACCUGACUUGUUUACAGCAAGUUUUUUGUUGAAAAGUUUACAGCAAGUUUAGAUCAUACUUCUAGUCUUAAUUAAUUUGUUUACGAAGAGCUUGACCAAUUAUUAAGAUCAUCGGUAAUAUAUGUGUCCUACACAUCCAUUCUCUUUUCA